AACUUAUGUUGUUGACGAUUAUCCAUCCAUUCCUGUUGUGGAUCUGAGAAAUCUACCGCUCUCACCCUCCGAAGAUAGGAGAGAGAUUACAGAGAGAGAGUGUGAGUGUGAGUGAGAGAGUGAGUCUGUUGUUCAACGUAUGCUUAGACUCCAAAACCUACUGCUACUGCUAAGGUAUGUGGUAACAGACAAUAAAAACAUCAUCUUUCUGUUUCUUCUUCUUCUGUUUCUUCUUCUUCCUCCGCAGUCUUCACCAGAGUUCUGCCAUUUCAUUUCUUGUUUAGUGUCUUUCAAGGUUUCGUUUCUGAUGGGUUCAUGCGAAGCAACAAAUGUGGUUCUUUCCAAGAUUAAAAAUUUUGAUCCUGAUAAUGCUUCAAAAAUCAUGGGUUAUCUUCUGAUGAAUCUUGAAGAGUCUGAACUCAUUCGUUUGGCAUGUAGCCCUGACCCUGUGCUGCACACUCUCAUUCUCAGGGUUAAGAGCCACAUGGGUCUCGCACUUUCUACUCCUUCUUCUCCCUCUCUUCCUCCUUCACCUCUUACCCCCAUAGCAAGACUCACUGCUUCCUCCACCAACCCAUUUUCCAGAACAGUACCCACCAACGGUUUUGACUUCGCUAGAAACCCAUCUUCACCUUCCUCUCACUCUCACGCUUGGAACUUCCCAAACAACAACCCCAUUAGUCCAAAGUCCACUCCUUUACUCUCGUACGAUAACAUCCGAGCACUCUCACCGCGUGUCAACGGUGAUUGUGAUUUUGUUGACGAGCAGCAGGUGAAUGAGUACUUUCCCUUCCUCAAUGACUCCUCCAAGAAUGAAGAUUUGGUCGAUCCACGCCUUGAAUUGGGUGUUGGGGCUCAGAAUUGGCACUCCGGGGACUCACAUUUGCACAGGAGGAGUUACUCGGCAAGUGAUGUUGGCUUUGGGUGUGAAGAAGCUGCCCCUGGACUUGGGUACAAGCCCUGUCUUUACUUUGCUAGAGGGUUUUGUAAAAACGGUACCAAUUGCAAGUUUCUUCAUGGUGCUUUCACUGAUUCACUGGAUGCCUCUGUUGGCUCUCCUAGUAAGCUUGAGGGGAUGGAACAGCAGCGUGAGGAUUUUGUUAGGUUCAAGGUCCCGCAGCUUCAAAGACUGGGUUCUGGAUCUUCUGCAACCGCACGUGAGAAGUACUAUGAGUUUUUGAUGCAGGAGUCUCAAAGGGCGGCAGCAGCAUUCAUGAUGGGGGAAGAAUUCUCCAACUUUGGCUGGGAUAGGCCUGAAAGGAAUGACUUUUUGGCCGCAAUUUCUGGCGAUAAGCCCAACUCGGCCUCGCGACAGAUUUACUUGACGUUUCCUGCUGAAAGUACUUUCAAAGAUGAAGAUGUCUCGGAGUACUUCAGCAAAUUCGGACCUGUUCAAGAUGUGAGAAUUCCCUAUCAGCAGAAGCGGAUGUUUGGGUUUGUUACCUUUGUAUAUCCGGAGACAGUGAGACUCAUAUUAUCCAAAGGGAAUCCUCAUUUUAUCUGUGAUUCACGUGUACUUGUCAAGCCCUACAAGGAGAAGGGAAAAGUCCCUGACAAGAGACAACAUCAACAACAGCAAUUAGAGAGAGGAGAUCUUUCACCUUGUUUGAGCCCUUCUGGAUUUGGCUCUAAAGAACCAUAUGAUUUCCAUCUUGGGUCAAGGAUGUUGUAUAAUCCACAUGAUAUCUUAUUGAGAAGAAGAAUUGAAGAGCAGGCUGAAUUGCAGCAAGUCCUUGAACUUCAAGAAAGAAGGCUGAAGAACCUACAGCUUCCCGACUUCAAGAAUAAUCCUAUUCACCAUCACCAACGCAGUCUUUCUGUUGGCAAUCCUUUGGUCUUGCCCCAUCAACUUCAUGGUCACACUAAUGAUGCAGGUCUCUCUCCAGAUAGCAUUAAAGGAGAUAUUGCAGGCUAUGGUGGCAGCUUCACUUCUACCAAUUCUUUAGGCAUUGCAUCUGAGCAGCAGCAGAAAGAAGUUGAGCUAGAUGAUUCUGAGAGCGGGAAUACAAAGGAUAGUGGAAAUACCAAAAACGUGGAUCUUAGUAAUAGUGUGGAGCAGGCCCUCCCUGACAGUCUCUUCGCUUCACCAACAAAAGCAGCUGGAGAUUAUCAUGCUGACUUCUCUACAUUGGCAGAGGUCAACCACAGUGCUGCUUUUUCAUCUACCUCAUCUUCUUAUGACAAGCUAGAACCAGCAACCUCGUCUAGCGACUUGGCUUCCCGUUAGUUUUCUUUACAAUUCAAGAUUUCGAAUUGUAGGUAAUAAGAAUAGAAAUGGCCAGCUGGAGAUAAUUUUUAUUAGGAUUUAUAGAAGCUUAUAGAAGAAUCUUCUAGAUGUAUAGCCAAAUACACCUAGAUCAGAAGAUUAGAUCCUCUAGAGAAGAAUCAAAUGAGAUCACCACCAUGAUCAAUACAUACUACUAACAGCAGGCGAUACAUGUUGCAUACUUGGACACAUAUUAGUUUAUAAGACUAGUUUUUCUUUUCUUCCUUUCCUUUUCUGUUGUACUCCCAUUCCUCUCCACAUAAAUUAUCUAUAGAUGUGUAUGUUUCACCAGACUCAGGCAGAACGAAGUACUGUUGUUUUACUUUAGCUUCUUAAUGUAUAAAACUUGCUCUA